AUCGUCAUUGCAGGGACUACUGCGGUUGCCAUGGUACAGCGUCAGCGGCUGGACUGGGGCAAACCUCAAGGCGUGGACUGAGGACGAAAAGUAGAUUCAACAGCAAUUCCUUUCCAAGUGACAACAUGAACUCUGAAAAUGCCACGGACCAUGACAGAGACAACCACGGCGGAAGUUGCCACUCAGUCAGCAGCAGACACGCAGCUUCCAGAGAAUCGUCCUCACAUGAACACAAAAAGAACUCCUGGCACAAGACUCAGGAUGAAGAUGAAAAAGGCUCCGGUGAUGAGAGUCGAUCAAAAACCAGAACCUGGCAUUCCGAUGCUGAUCGAGACCACAUAUUAGAUGGAGAGGGUCGGAGAAGUAGUGGGUCCCCUUACUCGGAUGAUUAUGAGAAUGAGUCAGACCGUUCGCUUUCACCAUACUCCCGAACUCGAUCUCCAUCACCCCCCCCGAAAAGAGAGGUGCAGACGAAGAGGAAUUCUUGCACCCCACUCUCCAAGACAGGUCGUGGGGGCCGUCAGGGUUUGUCCCGUCCUCUGCGUCAUGGAGGGCAACCCAUGAUCAUGCAGCAACGAAAGGGAGUGCGAUCACAAAGCAAGGAGUCCACACAUGUUAAAGACCUAGAUAUAAUGACUAAGAGGCUGCGUUCGGGCCGCGUGUUACAGAUCAAUGAAUUGCGUAACGCCCUUUGCGAGCUGCAGCGUCGCACUGAUGAGCUGCAGAAAGAAAACCGUAUCCUCAGACAGCUUCAGUUCCGUCAGCAAAAAGCCCUGCAGCACUAUGACGACACCAAAAGUGAGAUCUCCCAGAUGUUGGCGCACGAGACCCGGGUGCUGCGCGAACAGCUCAGGCGCACCCAAGAGCGCGAAAGGACCUCUGAGCGGAGGCUGAAGGACAGCGGGGAGCAGCUGCUAAAAAAUCAGACGACCAUCAUGCGAUUAAAGAAGCUGGUGAGUCAGCGAGACUUGGAAGUCAGGGAUGAGUUAAACCGCAGGCUUGAGGAAGAGACAGCACGUGCUGAAGAGGCAGAACGCAAAGUUAAGGACCUGGAGCGUAGCAUCGAGCUGAGCAACAGCAGUUUCCAGAGGCAUCUGGUUGCAGAGAAGAAGAAGACCGUCAGUGCCCAGGAGGAGAACAGGACUCUGGAGCAGGAAUUGGAACGACUGACCAAUAAACUGAAGGAAACAAAGAGAGAGCUGGAUGCAAAGAACAUCUAUGCCAACCGCAUGUUGAGACCGUCGCCUAAAAAAGAUACUGACAGCAACACAAAGCGGAAAGUCAACAGCAGAGACACCACAAAAGCAGUGCAGACUGAAUACAGGGCAUCUAGUUUGGAUUUCCCCACACCUCCACCUGCCAUCACCGACGCUGGUGAUUACAAAGAACACGGACCUGAUGAAUACCUUUCACUCAAGGAGCUUGACAGAGUGGCCAGACAAGCAGAGACGGAGGACAAGGUUCAGAAACGGGAACAGCCGAAGACGAGAGACAAGGACAAAGAAAGGGACAGGAAAAGGGAGAAGGAGAAGAAACAGCUACUUCAUCAGGAUCACUUGGAUGAGAAGGCAAAGAGACAAAGAGAUGGUAAAGACCUGUUGAAACACAGUGAAACAGAGAAUAACAGGAAGCGUGGACUUGUCCAGGAGGAGGUGGAGAGGUGGAAUCAGGAAGCUCAGGAGGCCAAUCAGCAAUCAGCAGAGGGAGCACGUCACAAAAAAGAACAACUACUGGCAAAGAUGCGCGAAAUAGAUUAUCAAAAGCAGGUCACCAAGGCCUCCGUGUAUGCCGAGUCUCCUGAUUCUAAUAGGAGCAAUAGUGACCAUUCCUCUCCUCGCCUUUCUGAGCAGAGGAACCAAAACUCUUCCAUUUUUAGCCUCACCGCUCCAGAGGAGUCAGCCGGUGAUGCAGAGGGUGGAGCGGUGUCGACAGGAACGAGGAGGAGAGCCCUGCGCACCCAAAUCCCCAGUGACGAUAUGGCAUUCGGAAGCUACACCCCUUCUGUUGGAAAUCCAUCUUCCCGAAGGUCUCCCGGUUUCUUUCCGUCUAUGACCAAAGAAGAUGGGGACUCUGCCCUAGAGGCAAUAGGUGUUAUAAGUCUCAGGGGAGUGGAGACAGAAACAGACAAAGACACGGUGAGAGGAGUGGGCAAGGACAGAAAGUCUGACCUCAUGCAGCAGCUAUUUGGCGCUGUGGCUACACCAACUGGUGACGGUGUGAGCACCUCCAUUAAAAUGGAGGUGCUCAGUAGUCCUCCACCUGCCAAUGGAGUACGUUCGAGGAGGGACGGACGCUCGGGGUCUUCCAGUCCUCCAACGUCCUCUUUAAGCAUCCAUGUCACGGAUAGCAAACCUUCCGUGCGAGCCAUCAUCUCAUUUGACGAUGACAUAGAGGAACUGGCAUUGUGAAACUUGGUUUACAAAUGGAACGUUAUCAACCAAACCAACCAAACAUAGACAUCUUGUGCAAAAGUAUAGAAAAUACUACAUGUGACAAAUAGUUUAAACAUUGUAUGUGUCCUAAAUAAUGUUUUUUGAAAAAAAAUAACAAUGUGCAAUUGAACGUGCUUAUACGGGACUUUUUUAAAAACCAUUUUGUUUUAAUACUAGUUGCACUUAUAGCUGCGCUUGUCAAGUCUUAGGAAGUUUUACAGGUUUGUAGUUCAGCUUUCCUGUCAGAAUAUGUAGUUCCUCUGAGCAAUACAGUGUGCAGACACAGGAGCAGAGCACCUACAACAAUUUUGUCCAAACAACGCGAGGACUUAAAGACACGUUCAGCAAAACCCCGGUGUCGUUACGUGACGUGACAAUCAACUUUCUGUGAAGAGUGAUUGCUAAAUGUGGAAUUAUUAUGAUAAUGUUUUAUUAGAAUUCUGCUGAAAAAAAAAAGUCAUUGACCCCCUUAUAAGAUUAAAUCAUGUUGAAAAAUCAACACAAUGUUGA